GGUCCAUCUCAGCAAAGAUCUUCCACGAUCAGCACCUCGGUCCCUUCUUCACCAUGUCUGACCGCAAAUCAGCAUAUGGCGCACCUGCUUCCGACACCGAUUUUCGAAGAACCUGGGACAAGGCCGAAUAUGAAGCCAAAGCCAAGAAAGAGGAUGAAGAGCGAAGAGAGGAAAGCAAAGCCCGUUACGAGGCUAAACUACAAGGCAAGAAAUGGCACAAGGCAGUCGAUUUUUCGGCUUUGGAUGACACCUCUGCCCGGGGCUCCAGAUUAGAUGUCGCCUCCAUGGUGGGCAAAAGCACAUUAGUUCCUGCUGGUGCUGGAGUUGGCAAGCGAGGCAAAGGCGCCGGCUUCUACUGUGAGGCUUGUGACCUGACCUAUAAAGACAACGUCCAGUAUAUCGAGCAUCUCAACUCAAAACAACAUCUCAUCAACACUGGUCAAUCUGGAGAAGUCAAGAGAGCCACCCUACAAGACGUCAAAGACCGGCUCGAGAUGCUCAAGGCCCGCAAGAGGGCCCAAGAGGAGGAGGAUAAGAGGCUAGGUGAGGUUGACAUUCAAGCGCGGAUCAAGAAGGCCGAAGAAAUCGACGCGGCUGAGCGGGAAGAAAAGAGGCGCAAGCGAAAUGAGAAGAGGAGGAAAGGUGGUGCAGAUGGAGUCAAACAGGAAGAUGAAUGGGAAGGUCGACUUGGAAUUAUUACUUGAAGCGGUUCUGACAACCUCUGAAAAUGUUUGAGGUUCAAUGUUCCAUCAAUCCGCCAACAGUGAAGCGAUCCCAUCGUCUUGGUUGUCAUCCCAAUCCACCGCCAUCUAGCCGCCAAGGAAGCCUCAUCAGUCCUGCGAUCAGGACAGAGCCAAAUGGUACAAAAAGGUGUCUACAUUCAACGGUCCUGCCACGAGCUACGUUGCGGCAGCAGCCCAUGUUGAGUUCCAGUGUUCAGGGGAAGCAGCCUCUUCC